AUGGACUUCACCAUAUCUCGACUGACGGAAGAUGACAUACCUGGAGCUGUGAAUACCAUUCAGGAAGCAUUCAAAGAAGAUCCUUACAACCUGUGGAUUUACAAUUAUCGAUCAAAGCUGAACCUAGUCAGAAACUCGGUUUCUCUUGGCAUUCGAUGUCGAUGGGGAAUUCGAAACGGCUUGUUCUAUGUUGCUAAAGACUCUCAAAGUCAUAGAGUUUUAGGCGUUGCAAUGUGGUUGCCACCCAAAUCUGCUGGAUCGCCGGAGACGUGGGCAGAAUGGAUUGAUAGUUGGGCAAUGUGGGCUCAACAAGUUGGUAUGAAUAUUUGGUACGGUCGAGGUGGCCUAAACGUGAAGCGUUAUUACAUCUGGAAGGACAGGCAAGCAGAAGCCCAAUCCAAUAUUUGGACCGAUCCCCGAGGAUACUACUUUCUAAAUAUAAUGGUCGUUCAUCCUGACGCUCAAGGAAGAGGAAUCGGAAAAGCGCUAGCAAAGGAAGUAACUAGCAUUGCUGACGCAGAAGGAAAAAGAUGCUAUCUUGAAUCUAGUCGAGAUGUUCCCAACAUGAAGAUAUACGAAACCUUCGGAUUCCAUUUUGAAAAGAAGAUGGUUUGCGACGACGAAGGCGAUACUUGCAAUAUCUAUUGUAUGGUUAGAGAACCACAAGCAGACUCGCAAGGAUCUAAAAAGGAUGUAUGA